CCAACCCACUUCUAAGCCGGAAGCGGAGGGGCUGGUCUUGCUGAAGCCUCCGUUGGCCCCGCCUAUCCCGGGCUGCCGCAGUGAAAUUGGGCGCGUUUGCGCAGUGACGUUCCUUUUUUUGUUGGAAGUACUCUUAGACACCCAGCAACAUGGCAGAUGAUAUAGAUUUCACCACUGGAGAUGCUGGGGCAUCUGCCACUUUCCCCAUGCAGUGCUCUGCCCUGCGCAAGAACGGGUUUGUGGUCCUAAAAGGACGUCCCUGUAAGAUUGUUGAAAUGUCAACUUCCAAGACUGGAAAGCAUGGUCAUGCCAAGGUUCACAUGGUUGGUAUUGAUAUCUUUUCUGGGAAGAAGUAUGAAGAUAUUUGUCCUUCUACCCAUAACAUGGAUGUCCCCAAUAUUAAAAGAAAUGAUUAUCAACUAAUCGGCAUUAAUGAUAAAUACCUGUCCCUUCUGAAUGACAAUGGAGAUGUUCGUGAUGAUCUCAAGCUGCCAGAGGGUGACCUGGGAAAGGAAAUAGAAUCUAAAUUUGAAGCAGGAGAAGAGAUGCUGAUCUCCGUCUUGCAUGCAAUGAAUGAAGAAUGUGCUGUAGCCAUCAAGGCCAUGACCAAAUAAACUGGGAUCCCAGGCACGAGCAAUCUGCUAUGGUCAAGAUAAACCACAGAUCUUAAAUUUGGUUCUGAUUGUCACCAAAGCUAUGGCCUUCAAAACAACCUCAUUUCUUUUUGAAUUGUUUGCAUAUACUGCUGGAUUCUAAAGUUGGUUAUGCAAAUUAACUGGCAAUUUUCAAAAUCACCUCAGUUUUAAACUAAUUAGGAAUGCUAUAGUAGUUGCCUUUAACAUUCCUAUAGGUGUCCAUUUUGAGGGUCCAAUAAAACUGAUCAAGCAUCUUUAGUGAGUAUGUUCUAUUGGGUCUGUUUUGCUCAUAAUGCAUACAGAUUAAAUCAGAUUUAGAUAAAUUAGGUAAAGGCACCUGGAAUAAAAGGUAAUUUCACUAAGCAGUCUAAACCAACCUUGAUAUACCUUAUGAAUACAUAGACAAGAGCUUAAACUAAUUUAAAAUGGCAAGUUUAAAAUGUAUGCAUGUUAGACUCUUAGUACCAAGCCUGUAUCUUGGUCAGUAGAGAAACUGGAGUGAUUUGUAAAUGCCAGUUGAUAUGCUUUCUUUCCGGUCCCAUACCUUAAAGUCCUGGUGGCCAUGCAAAACUAAAUUGUAUUACCUCUGAACUCUCUCCUAUGCCAAUGUUGGCUUUGCAUAUUAUAACCUUAUCAAAUGGUGUCAAAGCCUGCCUACAGUCUGGACAGGUACUCAGUAUGUUGGGUGAUUCUACAUAGCAGGCAUCUGGCACGAAAUGAGGGUUAGAGUUGUUAAUGCUACAGAUUUUCACUCGAGGCCUUUGUCAUCAGACUGAAAAAAAAAUAAAAAUCGAAAAAUACACUUCAGUUGCUUUUUCUUUUAUUGUAUUUAUCUUGAAAUAUUAAACUGAGUAAAGACCUUCCCAGGAAUCGUUUUGCAGUGCUUCCAGUGUGUUUAUUUCUUACAUUUGGACUGUCCUGUAGCACAAAAUCUUAACACAUGGAGUAUGUUUUAAAAAACAAAUGUUGCUUUGGAUUUGCUUAAGGUAUAUUUCCUUAAACCGCCAGGGCUUCUGCGAUACAAAAUUAUAUAUAUAUUUUGUGCAUGUUAAUGCUAUGUGCAUUAUGCUACUUGGGGGGGGGGGGGGGAAAUAGUUUAAUGGAGGUUAGGGUUAAGUUUUUUUUCUCUCCCUGUGAUCUCCUAUUCAUAGUAAACAUUUGAGUUUGUAUUUCUAAGGAUUUCACAUUGAAUAACACAGCUGGUGGCUUUCAUACCUGUCAGAGCAACCAUUUUAAACCUACAUGUCAUGAAUCCUGAGCCUCUCGUCCUGUCAUUCAACUGUACAAUUUAAUGAAACCCUAACUUCAUAGAGUUCAUUUGAAUAAAUGCUACUGCUGACACUUCAACUCUUUACAACAGGUUGUAUAACGUUAUACUUUUUACAACCGUUCAGGUGACAAGAUUUUUAUUAUUUUUACUACAAUAGAAACACAAUUUAAUUUCUUAUGCUGUCGCUGGAAUGCCUGAACUUGGGAGGUUUUGAAAUUGUCCUCUUCAUGAGGGUAGACAGUCUUGAGCUAGUUCUAGCUUUAAUGCAUUUUAACACCAUGUCAUCUAGUCACAAUUAGGAUCAUUCACUGAGAAGGAAUUUCACUUGCUGCUGUUACAUACAGCACACUGCUGGUCACAGACUUGUAAUCUUCCAACACUUGAUAUAAAAGCUUCCAGUGCUCUAAAGUUGCAAUUUACAUCUCUAUACUUGGUUGUCUUUUAGCUUCCAUGGUAUAGAAAGUGAUUUCACUUGAGACAAAUAGCUUAUGGGUCUUUAGGAAGAUUUCACGGUGCUCUUAUGUCUCCUACUUGUUUUCUCUGUUGCAUAAAAUACCUUAUAGUUGCUCUGCUUUUGGUUGAACAUUACAAAAGUCUAGUUAAUUGUACAAGAAACAGUGUUUUUUAAGUGUUCUGAAUAGGAUGCAAUUUUGAUAAUUGCAACAUACUUUCACACUCCAUGUGUAAUCUUAACAUGGUCAAUUGCAGCCUUGUUUGUAAAGGUGUUCUGUGAAUUGUUUGGGUAACAUGUAUGAACCUUUCAAGCAAUAAGUAAUUAGGCUGUAUGACUUGUUCCUCGGUAUGUAAAGUGUUAAAGCCCUAAAGUUUAUUCCUAUUUACAUACAGUAUGAAUGCAGAUUUUUUCCAACCACCUUUUUACAAAUGUAUUAUAUUGACUUGCUUUGUCUUGGUGAUUUUUUUUUUUAAAAAACAACCCUGUAUGCUGGUCUGUGGUUAAAGAUGUAUAGAAUACAUUUUAAUAGUGGAAAGCAAAAAAUGUUUGCACAUGAUGGCAGCAAGGGCAGUCUAGAUGAGGGUUGUUUUGCACAUGGCUUUCCCCUUUAAGAGCUGUCUUCUUGCCAGCAUGUUUUGACUUCUACAAAUUUUUGAUGUAAAAUGUGGUUAUUGCGCAUUGAGUAAGGAAGCUUUACAAAAAUUCAAAUUUGCUGCUAUAGAUUGCAAAUCCUAACACUACACACAUUGGCUACAAGACUUUCAAUUUUUCAGGAAGGUUUCUAAAUGCUACUGUUAAAGCAAAAUCUUGCUAGAAUACGUGGUUGACUAGGUUUGUAUAAAGUUUUGUUUUUCCUUCCCAGUCAUUUCAAGUGUAUAUUUAAAAAAAUAAAAAAAUAGGCUUGUAUAUUCCCAACUUGUAAAGAUACUUAAUCAAAACAUGUAAAGUUUUAUGAUUGUUACUAGGUUUAAUUUGUGGAUUGAAUGUUGAACUAUCAAUAAAGCAUAGGUGAUUUCA